UGUUGUCAUUGUAGAGCUGUCAUUAAUCAGCACACAGGUUCGGACUCAAAACAAUCUGACAGACUGAUUUUAAAAUAUAAUAAAGUAUCAAAUUUUGAUGGCACUGGUCGGUGUCUAAACCCAGAGGGUGGUCGUUUCUGCGCAGCCAUUGUAUAGAUCCCAACUCGGCUCCAUUCAGCAGACAAUUAAUGUCUCGUAUAGGUAUAGGUAUAGAUAUAAAUGUAAAUGUGUGUGACGUGCUUAGGUAGUUGAUGUGGAGAGUCGUUAGCGGCGUUGGUGACGGUCCUCAGCUCACUGUAGAGUGCGGUGUACAGUGUGCCGACGUCCUCGGUUUGGAGCGGGCUCGAGGGGUUGACCGUCAUCAUCCUAAGCGCGAGUGUGUAUUUUAUUAUUUUUACAUAAGCCCGAAUUUACAAACGCAAACAAGUGUGUCGCAAGUGCUCAGUGAAGUGUCGUGAUCAUAAAUUAUAAUAAUUUGAUAAAUAGUUAUUUUAAAAGUUUAUCAAUUUUAAUAAUUGAUGAAUUUGGAGUGAGAAAAGUGAUUGACUGGAUAAAAUAAUAAUAAUAGUAAAGUUGGUAAGCACCUUAUCCGACAAUUGGUGUGUCGUGUAUGGUACGUGGGGACUUUGGAUCAGAGAAACGACGGCAGUGGCGGUUGUAAUUGACAGGAAAGAUGGCGCAAGGUGCAGACGAGGAGUGUUGACCUAUUUUGUUGACCCCCGUUGAGUUUUUUGUGAGAAUAAUCGAGCGUUCUGUCACGCGCCUGGUGAUCGAAGCUCCGACGUUGCCCAAGGAGCUUCAAUAAUUACUCAAGGCCGGUGUAAUUUAAAUACCCACUGAUAAUAAUAACAAUAAUAAUAAUAGAAAAAAUUAUUUGGUAGAUAGCCCAGCUAGCAGCAGGCCAAUUGGAAAAGUUUAUAAACACUCCGUGUAAUUGGAGUGUUUAAAUUAUCGCAAAAAGUAACGAGAAAAACCGCAGCAAUUUUGAAAAAAUUCGAUAUCCGUGGAGCCUUAGCGGGCUCGAGCACGGCUGGAAAGAUGGGGAACAAUGCCGCGACAGCGAACAAAAAGGUUGACGCUGCCGAGAGUGUCAAGGAGUUUUUGGACGAGGCGAAAGAAGAGUUCGAGGAAAAAUGGAAGAAAAAUCCUACCAACACCGCUGGGCUAGAUGACUUCGAGAGAAUCAAGACUCUGGGGACUGGCUCGUUUGGCAGAGUCAUGAUAGUCCAGCAUAAGCCCACUAAAGAGUAUUACGCAAUGAAGAUACUCGACAAACAGAAAGUCGUAAAGUUAAAACAAGUUGAGCAUACGUUGAAUGAAAAACGCAUACUGCAGGCUAUAAGUUUUCCGUUUCUCGUGUCGUUACGUUUUCACUUUAAGGAUAACUCAAAUCUUUAUAUGGUACUUGAGUAUGUACCUGGUGGAGAAAUGUUUUCACAUUUACGAAAAGUUGGAAGAUUUUCCGAGCCACAUUCACGUUUUUAUGCCGCUCAAAUAGUACUUGCUUUCGAGUAUUUACAUUACCUUGAUCUCAUUUAUCGUGAUUUGAAGCCAGAAAAUCUGCUUAUCGAUUCCCAGGGCUAUCUAAAAGUCACUGAUUUUGGUUUCGCUAAGAGAGUGAAAGGAAGAACGUGGACGCUGUGCGGGACGCCGGAGUACUUGGCGCCCGAAAUAAUAUUGAGCAAGGGCUACAACAAAGCCGUCGAUUGGUGGGCGCUUGGAGUUUUAGUCUACGAAAUGGCUGCCGGUUACCCGCCAUUUUUUGCUGACCAGCCGAUUCAAAUUUACGAAAAAAUAGUCAGUGGCAAAGUGAGAUUUCCGUCCCACUUUGGCUACGAUUUGAAAGAUCUGCUCCGUAAUUUACUGCAAGUUGAUCUGACCAAGAGGUACGGGAACUUAAAAGCCGGCGUAAACGACAUCAAAGGACACAAAUGGUUCGCCAGCACUGAUUGGAUAGCUGUCUUCCAGAAACGCAUUGAAGCACCGUUUAUUCCAAAAUGCAAAGGACCCGGCGACACUAGUAAUUUUGAUGACUAUGAGGAAGAGCCGCUGAGAAUCUCAAGCACCGAAAAAUGCGCCAAAGAAUUUGCUGAAUUUUAAAUUUAUUAUUAUUGGUAUUUUAUCAUUUUAAAAUAAUGACAAUUUAAUCUACUGAAUUUAAAGUAAAAUAAUCAGCUAGUGCUGAAUUAUUUACUGAUGCUGCUGCUGAUCGAUCGGUACCGCUCGAUUACUAAAUGUAAAACCGGGUGUUAAAACGUGUACUUUUCAUUGCUAAUGUCAUACAUUUUACAUUAUUACUAUUACAAUGGUAAAUAAUUCAUUAAUAAUAUAAUUAAUAAUAACAAUAACAAUAAUAAUAAUCCAUGUACGUUAUUGUAUCGAUGAUUAUUAUUUGUUUUUCAUACCUGGCCUCCAUCAUUCCAAGGAGUUAUUAUCUGGAAUCUUUUGCAAUCUCUGUGAUUCUUCGUUUUGUGUAUAAUUAUAAAUAAUUAAACGUAUCCAUUUAAAUUUAAAAGAAACUAGUCGUUCUCAUAAAACUGAAGAGUUCUCAUAAAAUAAAACGGAUUAUGUUAUCGAGUAGCCAGCAACUAUCAUACAUUAUGGUAGCUUGUGAUGCUCAUAAUUCAGCCAAUCUAGAGACAUACGGAAUUAAUAAAAUGACGAGAAGUACUAGCAUUCAAGUACAUCAUGCACUUUAUUAACUGUAAUCACCCUUGUCCAAGUAAACUAAAGUAAUUAAUAAAAUACGAACUCAACAAAACUUAAAUCUCAAUUUAAAUCUCAACUUAAAUCUCAACAUAAAAAACUUAAUCUCAAUUAUACGUGUCAUUAAUACAACACCGAUGAUUUGAUUUAUUGAGGCACGAGUCCUGUGUUGACACCCAAGAUCUUGGUUUUCUUACAUUAGUGUUAUCAGUUAAUUAGUUAAGUGUGACGGAACUUGGUUAGUCGUAUGGCGAUCACCAUUUGAUAAACACACAACAUGUAUAACAAAAACUGACCACACAAUAACAAAAAACUCCAAUAUUGUCAUCAUCAGUCACCGAUUAAUCAAGGAAGGAAUAACAUUUUGAGUUUAAGAAGAUCAUCAAAGCAUCGAUGAAGCUGAGUCAUUAUGCAAGAGCCGUUUUAAAAGGGAGUACGAUUGAGACUGGGAGAAUUUUACUAUUGUGUAUGGAUGGAUGAUAAAAAAUGAGUAUAAAUUGUGAGUUUAUGCAUGGAAACAUAAGAUAGCAAGAGUGUGAUUAUGUAUCAUAAUUCCUUUUAUUGUUCCUCCGUGUCAAGAGCACAAUGACUUGAUAACGGAGACUAAAACUAAACGGACCUUGAGUGUAUGAGUGUGGAUGUGCAUGAAUAUAUCAAGUUUUAUGACAUACGCUGGCUCUCAGCAACAGCUUUUCGCGGUCGUUAAUGGCGAUCCAUUCAAAAUGAUAAAAAUAGCAGUAGAAAAAAAAGGCAGUAAUGUGCUAAAUAAUAUAUAAAUAAAAGUAUAAGGUAAAAUAAUGUUAAUUUCACAGUGCGAUACUAUUUUUAUCAGCUUUAGAAGUAAUGAAGGAUCGCUUUGUCCGUGAAAUAAAUAAAUAUUACUACAUAUAGAAUUUAAAAACCCGUUUAACGCGGGCCAUUGUUCCAUCAAUUGAGGAAAAACAUCCAGAUGCUGACGAUAUAUCGGUUGGGUUAAUAUAAAUAUGAAUGAUGAAAACAUUUAUGGCGCAUGUAUACAUAUAUAUGAUAUCAUCUGGAUAUUAUUUCUCGGGCAGUUAGGUUUAUCGUCCUCGUGUCGGCGUAACUGCAUAUAAUAUACGCGUACUGUAACGCACUGUACCAGUGUACGUAGCCAGGCAAUCUUAAAUAAUAAAAUAAAAGUCUCGACAUGACUGUUAAUACGAGAGUACAUACAUUAUGAAUUACAUGUGAGUGUGUUAUGUGAAUGAGCAUAAUAUAUUAAAUCAUCAUAUUGCACUAGACGGGAGUAUGACAUUACGAGAAAUUCUCAAGUAUUGUAUAUUAUAUAUUCUAGCAUAGAGGAAAUAAUUUCACGUUUUAGAUUACAUAUAUUUAUAUUCAAAUCUAUUCUAGAAUAUAUAUAUAUAUAUAUAUAUAUAAAUAUAUGUAUGUAUGCAUUCUCCUCCCUACCUCAAGAGCCAUUCACAGCUCUCAUUACUACUACUGUCUCUCUUUUUUCCCAAUUAAAAUAAAAACACCAACAGCAACAAGAACAAAAACAAAAACAAAAAGACGUACAAUCUCGUGCUAUCCUUAUCAUGUUCACCCCUUGGUUAGUUUUAAAAACCAGUAGGUUUCGCGCUCGACAAAUGUCUUGGCACUCAUUGUACAUACUAUUUAGAAAUAUCUGGUAAUUCUGUUAUUUUUAGAUGAGCCAUAUA